GGCGCGGUGCAAAUGUUUUGAACUCAUUACCUCUCUGACAGUCAUUGACGAAACUCGGCACCUCUUUCACACAUUAGACGACACCUGUGUCAUCUCUGCUAGGGAAGGGAACUCUCGAUGAAGAUGAUGAAAAAUAUACAACAGGUUUUACGGUCACUGAUGUUGCUGGCCCGUCGGGGGAGGGAACGGCUAAAAAGGUCCUUAGUCGUAGAUGGAGGGGGACUACUUGUCCUGUUGUGGGCCACGCCCGGCCAGCCACCCAGCGGCCAGGUGGUCAACUGCACAGUUGCAGCUGCAGGACCCUGGUGCUCAGGAGUCCCAGUGGAAGAAGUCCAACAAGAGUUCUGUCAGAGACUGGACCCCUCUGCCUCCCCCUGCCCUGCCCCUGACCCAGAGGAACUGUGUGCUUUCACCGAAAUCUACGGCCCUCUCCACUUCCUUCUCUCCCUCCAGAACAGUGAGGUGAACCUGGACAGGUGUAAGGUGCGGUCACACACAGAGGGCUUCUUGCACAAACUGAGCCUGACCAACGCAGGGGUGAAAAUUCACCUCAAAUUGGAAUUGGAAGGAGAAACAUACCAGCGAAUCUUUAGUGGAAAGGCAGAGAGACUUGCCCUGAAGGACCAGACUGUGAUCAUGGACGUUACUUCUUCUAUCAUGCAGUCAGCAUUACUCCGAUGCCUCUUGUCAUCGUAUAGGCCUCCCAUGUCAGUGGGAGCAGGCCCGUGGUGCCAGCGAGGCCAUCCUGUAUUAGGAGGUGGGUUGCCUCUACUUAUCCCGCCUGAGGCCAUGGAGAGAGGCCUGUAUGGGGAGUUGAACCUCCUACUAGUCACAGUUCUCACCCCAUGUGUGUUGCAAUACCCCAACCUGGCAACCAGAGUCACACGCAUGCAGGUGCUGCUGUACAGCCCCAGUAACCUUCCCCUGCUGGGGCCCUCAGCCUUCCUACAGCAGCUGCCUGCCUGUCUGGCCCUGGAGGGGCUGACCUGUACCCCAACACACUCCACCACCUCAGAUCCCCUCUGCAGUGACACUGUGUACAGUAUAGACAGAGCACAGUGUCAGGAAACUGAGCCAGAAUGGAUCCCCGCUGUGGAUCAGACCCUCUCUCUGUUCCUGUUCCUCCAGCACAGUGACCCCUUCCACUCCCAGCUCUCUGACUUCAUGGCCAGUGAGGAGCUGUUAGAGCUCCACCUGGAGGAUGUGUUGAGGUACAACAGGGAGGCGGUGACAGCAGCCCUGAACACACUGCUGCAGAGCACACUGAAAGACCAGCAGCAGAGAGACAAGGCUCAGGAGAAGAUGUGCUCUGCCCUGGGGGUGAUGCUGAGAUCUAUAUGCUGUGUGGUGAGCAGCAGCACCAACAUGGAGUUCAGAGCUGCCUGUCUGGACCGCAUGAUGGUGCAGGACACCUAUGAGCUGUCAGCCUCUCUCCAUGAGUCUCUACAGAGAGUCACAGCUGGCUGUGUAGUGCCUAGUCGCAGGUGUUACUGGGGACAGGCAGACACACUCACCGGCAGCAGACCUUCCAAGAACUAUGCAAGUGGGAAUGAAAUCUGAACAUGCUGACAUUUUCGUUCUCUUGUGUCAUAACAGUCAAUUUAUUGUAUUUGUUGUGAUAUUUAUAAUAAUAAAAAAUAAUAUACCAUUUAGCAGACGCUUUUAUCCAAAGCGACUUACAGUCAU